AUAGAAGACAAGACUAGUUUUAAAAGGAUCACUGAAAGACGAGUUUGUAGCCGAGCAUUCAUACCUGUCUUGACGUGCAGUUCCGUCCUCCGCUCUGAUUGACAUCUGAGAUGCGUGGGAUUGGCUGUCACUUAAUCGUCGCGAAAACUAAAAUAAAAACCGAGUAACAACGCCUCACAACUUGUACACAGCAGUUAGGUCUUUCAGGUCGAAUGACAGACGUCUUUCAAGCGAGGUAAAUAUUUGGAGCGCGACGAGGCUGGAGUCUGUUGUUUUGGCUCUUUGAGUUUAUUCUGUGUCCACUCAUUUUUUACAUAAGUACUUCAUAUCUUUCUUUCUCCAGCCACGUCCGUUUAUAAUUAAUGAUGGACGAAGCAUUGCAAGCUUGCCUGUUUCCGCUGAUGGGCAGCGAGGUAGAAAGGAGGAAAUUAUAGACAUGAAUCUUGUUUAUGGCGAAACAGCGGAUGAGAAUGAAGAAGCUGUGGAUUCGGGCCAAGGAGAGCAGAAGAAACCGGAAGUGAAAAGGAACUUUGUUUAUUACUUCCGGCACCCUUACUUCCGCAUUACUACGUCGUACUUGGUCGUGUUUUGCAACUUCUUGAUCUUUGCUGAGGACCCAGUCUCCCACAGCUACACGGAUUGUGUUAUUGACAUCAUUGGCAAUAUGUAUGCGUUCGUAUUUUCAAGAUAUCCUCCAGACGCAGGAUUCGUCGCUCUCAAAGUCUUCAUGUACCUUUUUGCCAUCGGCUUGGGAAUGUUUGUGGGAAAGUAUUUUAUUCACAAAUUUCUCUUUUGUCGUGUUCUGAAGCUGCGCAUGUUCUCUGAGGAUGGCCAAGGGUCAUGGAUGGUGAUGUUCCUCACCGUGCUCAUGUUUCUGUUCAUUAUAAGCUUCAUAUACAACGAGUUGUUGCUUCUCGGCGGAGACCACUUUGCACCUUAUGUCACCAGUAGUAAUUUGGGAAUCGAGAAUCAGACGUUCAUGAAGAUGGCUGCUAUAGGCACUUGGUUAGGCGACUUUAUUACAGCUUGGAUGGUGACCGACAUGAUGCUACAGGAGGAGCAGUACCCAGACUGGAGCCCAGGCCUCAGAGCGUUUUGGAGGCGUGGUAGAAACAGGGUUUACGCGUUCUGGUUUAUUUCAUUCAGUAUGAGCGUUGUUGUAGCAACUGCCAUCACUACUGACUACCUCAACUGGGACGAAAUUAGUAGUGACUUCAUGCCCACCAACGAAAUAUCCAGGGCGUACUUGGCCUCCUUUAUCUUGGUUAUGGAUCUUCUGAUUGUUAUGCAGGACUGGGACUUCCCUUACUUUGACGGAGGGAUGGACAUAAAACUCCCGGGUCUGAAUACAGGGAACUUUCAUUUCCAUAUUCCCGGGGGAGAUAUCCGCAUCUCCGGGAAAUGGUUCAACUACGGGAUCAUCUUCAUUGUUAUGAUUCUUGACCUGAACAUGUGGAAAAAUCAGAUCUUCUACGAACCUUUUACCUACGGUCAAUACACCGACGAUCAAGAUUACAUUUACACGGUCGCUGAUAGAGAUUUCCUGGCCAAUGCUACCGAGGAAACGUUAAGUUACGCAUGGCGAUGGUCGCACGUGAAUCCUCUGACCAAUGAAACUUACGGCUUAGAAGAUCAAAAAAUGAACUCUCGAUAUUUUGGAGUUCCUCUGAGUGUUAAAGGCACAGCGUUUAUUCCAUCCCUCUUUUCGUUCGCCUUGUUUGGCAUAUUGGUGAAGUACUUUUCCAAAGGUGGGCCUCCGGUGAAAGUGGCACCUUCUGAGGUAAACGAUACCGUCGAUGGCGCUUCUAACGAGCGCCAUGCUAACGGUAGAGAGGAAGAUGACUUGGAACCAAGCUCUUCUUCACCCAACGCAACGGCGAGUCGCCAGUCAAUUACCAGUACCAAAAGUGCCCUUAUUGUCAACAAAGUCAGGAAUCUGGGAUCAUUUUUGAGCAUUGACAGCUCACGUGAUGGUCUUGACGCAUCACGUAAUAACUUGGAUAGUUCACGGGAUAGCUUGGACAGCUCACGUGAUGAGCUCCGUAGUUCACGUGAUAAUCUCGAGAGUUCACGUGAUGACGUCAGGAGCUCUGUUGGAAGUCUCGGAAUUGCUCCUGAGACCAUGACGCAACCAAAUUCCUCCCGCCCCGCCUGGUCAGCUGCUUCACCGAUGAUAACGCUUCCAGAUACGUCGCAGAAUAGACGCGAUGAGUGCGUUGACACUGAAAAGUCUAUCAAACACCUUCGGUGCUCAAAUGACGACCAGCAUAACGAAAACAUGGUACAAGAGUUGGUUCAAGAGUUGUCUUUCUUAAACCUCGAGGAUGAGGAUCGUCAAACAGAAGAAAAGAAAGAAUCAGAUGGAAAUUCCCUUCCCGUGAGUGAUGACAAGUCUGAAGUUCUUCCGAUUGGAGAUCUUUUUCGACGUGACCCACCAAGCUCGUCCAGAUCCUUGUCUCAGAGCUCCGUUGCGUCGUCCGAUGACGAAGGUUUAAAACCAGAAGUCAAAGCAAAGAAAAACUUCCUUCAAGUCCCGCGGCCAAAGUAGAUGAUCUGCUUGUGCAUAAUAACUUUGCUUGUACAUAGAAUACUUGGACCGAAGGAUUCGUUCUAAGACUUGCUCGGUUUUAUUGGCAAACGUGCACCCAGACGAAUAUUGACGGGAUAAAUUGAGCAGCUUAGAAAAGGCAUCGCUCCCAGAGCUGUUGAUCCUCUCACCCGACACAGCCUAAGUGCUAUCGAAGACUGAUUACAAUCAUAUUUACUCAAUAUAAUUAGUUUGCGCGCCAUAACCAAUGUGGAAAGAAACUUGAAUCAAUUUCGUGAGUCUGUUUUAAACCUUAACAAGAUUAUUAGCAGGCAGUAACUUUUAAUGCUCUCGGGUGAUGUAAAACGCUUUAUCACGUUUUCGUUCCUGUCGUUCUCAAGAGAAGAUGAAGAGUAAGUGAGUUUAUCCUUCAUUUAGGCCUUAUUCCUAAAGUAAUCUCAAGUUAUUUUUAGGUCACUCGCUUCAGAAAUUCCAAAGGUGGGGGGAUGUGGGUCUAGAAAUAGCCAAUCAUGUGACGCGAAUGCUAUUCACGUGGAUUACCCGAAGAGAAUAGGUCAUUUCCGAGUUACCUUGUGCCUCUGUUUCAAAACGAGUCUUCGUGCGAAA